CUUGGCUUUGUUUUAGUUAGCUAAAUUUCUCGUUUCUGAAUCAACCAACCCGAAAAGAAGGAAGGAACGAACCCACGCCAUAAUUUGUUUAAGUUUCAAGUUUGGCCGAGUUUUAAAGAAGAAUUGAGCAACUCGAAAGAAAUUUACUUGCUGCAUGGGAAAACUUUUAGAUUCGUUAACUCUUUUGAGGUUUAAUUAUCACUCGGACAAAUUGUUGACGCUCUGCCAAAAGGAGUAAGUAAAAUAAUUAUCUGCUGUAUAAAACACUGCCAACUUAUUUUCCCCGCAGCAAAAACUAUAAAUCUUAAAUGAGAAUAUCAACAUACGAUGGACAAAUGGCGUGACGACUAAAUGUGCAUCGAGUUGUAAAAGAUUUCUAAUUACAUCAUCAUUACUGGUCUGGGAGACAAUAAUAUUCCGAAAACUGUGAUGUAGAUCGUGUCCCCCGGAGAAGAAAAAAGUUGAACCUUCUUCACCCAUUCUGUUCAUAAUUAAUUACAUCUUGUCGUCGUCUCGUGUAUUUAGUUUUUCCUCAUUUUAUUUUUCCAAUGACUUUUUGGUUGUGUAUGUGUACGAUCUAAAAUUAGGAAUUGAAUGCUGCAUGCUUCCCCUUUUUAAAUUAACUUGGCACUCGUUACAGUUUAAAGACGUAGUUUUGUGGUGUUCUUGUGCUCCGCCGUGUAACAAAUACUUGUGUACGAGGAGUAGACUCAAAAUAAUAAUGAAUACAAUACGGAAGAUGUAGAGACAGAGGAACCUUAUUAUUAUUUCAUUGGGGACGUGUACUCACCAAUUGUUACUCAAGAUCACAACGUACGUAUGCACUUAUCUCUUAUUACUAUUAUGCUAAUGCUAAAUAAGCAAUAGACAGAAAGGGCAGGAGAGAAUAAGAAGCAAUAAACCGAAAAAGGCAUUUAACGCUUCACUUGACGGGAAAAAAAGAGGCAACAACUUACAUACGCACGGAAUGAAUAAUAAGCCAAUUGAGGAAAGCAAGCGGAUUAGUGGAAACUUUGAAACAUAAAAUUGUAAAACUUAUUAACGGCACGAGCCACGAGCUGACACGACGACGAGAAAGGGUUCGAAAGCGUAUACGAUGCGUACUACCAUAAGUUCCGAGUAACAGAGAACGUUCUGAGGACACUCAAUGUCAUCCGCUUAUUGGAGAGGAUACUAAAUAAUAAAUUGUGGUAUUGGUUGGUGGCGAGGUGAGGACGACGAAGAAGACGUUCUACCCGGAGAUACAUACAUAUUAUUCACCGAGAAAGACGUUCUUCUUGGUUGGUUGGAUUGAAAAACGGGUGGAAUAUUGAAGUGGGAAGGAACAUGAGACACCGGGUUGACUUGUGGCUCAUCUUCGUCUGGUUGCAAAUAGCCGGGGAUAUAUAGCACCCGACCCGAAGAAGUUCUGCAUCUGUCUCUCCCUCCUCGUCCUCUCCGUCGUCUCAACUAAAUUUAACUAAACGGGAUUCAUUUAACGGAGAGAGAGCUUCAUUCCGAGUUCGACAUCUUGGAAGAAGAAUCCGUAAUUCGGAGUGAGUGAAACUGCACAACCACGUCGGGCGCUUGAGUGGAUACGCAUUGGGAAUAUUUAAGAACAUUGAAACUGAAUUAUUUACUGGAGUGAUUGUAGUGUUGUUUAGUUUCGAUUUUAAUUGUGCUAUUGUUUCGUGGAAAUUGGGUGAUUUAUGGGAGAAAUGCGAGACCUUCUUUUUUGCUGAACAAUUUUAAGUGUCUCAUCUUAUCAUCAGAAGUUCACGUAGAACCACACGCCGCCCCACACGACCAACCAACGCGCAGUGGACACCACUUUUUGCUUUCUCUUCACCCAAACAGUAACUGUGUCGGAGUCUGAGUGGUACAAAAACCACCCGGCUCUUGCCAGAAGGUGUUUGUCUUAAAAGCCGUCACGGUGAAGCGCUCCGUGGACAGCCCGUGCUCCUCAGCCUCGGCCGCGGGAACGGGAAGCUCAGACCCUCCACCCACCAAAAAGCGCGCCGCACCCCUUCCAACGACUCUGGACGCUAUCCUCCAACCGCGUCCAGCUGCCCCUACGUUCUACGUCCCUCCGACCACGCUCAUCCUCCCCUCAGAAGACGCCCUCUCCGCUGCAACUGCGAUGCUCGCCAUGCCUGCAGCCACUCCCAUCCCGACAGUCUACUCCACCGCGUCAGGUAACAUUUAUGUCUCAUCCGCAAACACUUCGGACUCUACGACAGACACGGUAUCGACCAUUUCUGGCCAUCAUGGCGGACCUUCCCAGAAGGAUACCACGUGGACCAAGCUAUUCGUAGGUGGGCUUCCGUACCACACCACGGACAAAAGUCUUCGCGAUCACUUCAAGGUGUACGGCGAGAUUGAGGAAGCCGUCGUCAUCACGGACAGGCAGACGGGGAAGAGUCGUGGAUAUGGAUUUGUCAUUAUGUCGGAUCGUGCCUCGGCGGAACGGGCCUGCAAGGAACCCAACCCGAUAAUUGAUGGGAGAAAGGCGAACGUUAAUUUGGCCAUUUUGGGAGCUAAACCCAGAGGCAACGUUGCUGCGGCGGCAGCCAUUGCUGCCACUGGUGCGUUUCCUUUCGCUGCUACUACAAUUCAUAGGGCAAUAGGUUACCCUUCUGCUGCCACUUCAGCAGCCCUGUUGGCACAAUAUGGAAUUCCUGCCAGCUACAUUUAUCCUCAAGCAGCAGCGACCAACGCGUACGGUGGGGCACCCUUGUUGCAGCACAUCUCUGGUCUUCAAGCCUCUCAGGCAAACGCUACUUCGCCAGCGUUAGCCGCCGCCCUUGCGGCCCAACAGGCUCAACAAGUCUCACAACAUCAGCUGUACGACGGUUAUCAUCACCAUCAACAGGCCCAGACGCAGGUCAACGCUGCCGCCGCGGGUCACUUGGCCUCGCCAUCUGCCGCUCAGUUUGCAGCGGCUCAGGCGUUCGCCGCAUUGGCCGCGGAUCCAUACAAUUUCUCCAAUUUCAGCUACUUGGCCGCAGCGACGAAUGGACAAUACGCGACGUACAUCCCGGCCGGAGCAGGUGGUGGGAGUGCGGCAGGGUCCCUUCAGCUGAACCCGUAUGCUGCUGCAGUUGCUCAAGAAUCUACAAGAAUGUAGAGGCAAGAAAAUAAUAGCGACGAGAUCUUGAAAAAAAAUUAAUUCGAAAUUUUGAUUUGUAAUUUAAUUUUGAAAAGUUGCAGAAUUGUUAUUGAAUAGGUGGCAAAAUUUUAGUCGUUGAAUUGUUAAUAGGAAGAAGAAUAUUUAGCUAUUGUAAUACGUAUUUUGUGAACAACAUUUAUGUUAAGAUGAAAGAAAAAAAAACAGAAAUGAUUUGUAUUCAAUUCGUGCCUUACUCCUGUGGGGAUGAACAAUUUAACAGUAAUGAUAAUCAUAAGUCUCCCUUUAACUCUCUUAGUAAGCAUAUCGCAAAAUUAUUAUCGGACAAAUUGUACUUUGUACAUUGACUAUGCAAAAACUAAAAAUAUUUAUAAUCAUAAUGACAAAAAUCAUGCGAGCAAUUCAAAUUUGAAUAAAGAAUUGUUACUAAAUAAACACUAAAUAAAAGUUCGAAAUUAG